AUGGAGCAACCAAGUCAACCUAUUUACGAUCCUUACACGUAUCGAAAGGAAAUCGCAACAUUAGGGUAUUGGGAUGGCCUGGUACAUCUAGUUAAUUGUAUUCUUGGCGGAGGAAUAUUAUCAGGUCCGUACGGUUUUAAGAGGGUAGGCUGGGUUGUCGGUUUUCUCGUGUCGGCUAUUGUUAUGAUGCUAAUUGUCUAUAGUUUCCGGCUAUUGGUGAAAUGCAUAAACGAGAUAUGUCGACGUCGUCGCGUUCCUUAUAUGCAAUUUGGCAAAGCGAUGAUGGAGUGUGUAAUUGAGGGCCCCAGUUGGAUGCAACGUUAUAAAAAAUCAGUUUCAAUUUAUGUAUCAAGCUUUUUGGUCAUAUUCCAUUUUGGCGUCGGAAUCAUGUAUAUUGAACUUGCUACGGAAAGCGUCAAAGAUAUUAUCAUUUAUUGGUUGGGCUAUAUUGACUAUAAGUUGGUCAUGUUAUUUCUGGCACCAUUCCUAAUCGCAAUAACGAUGAUAAAGAAGCUAAAAAGUUUAGUACCCGUAAGCGUUGUGUCUAAUAUUACGGUGCUUAUCAGUCUUGCAAUGAUUGCAUACUAUAUGAUAGCUGAUACAACGCGACCGUUUAGCGAACUUUUAAUGUUCAACGAAUUGACCUACAUACCGUUAUACAUUGGUCUAGUUUUGUUAAGUAAUUCCUCCUUGGGCGUGUUAUUAGCUAUUGAAGCUGAAAUGAAAGAUCCCGCGAGAUAUCUCGGCCCUUUCGGGUGUUUAAAUGUGGGUAUGUCUUUACUAUAUGUGCUAUUUGCCUUAUUCUCCAUGUGCGGAUACUGGUGUUACGGUGAUAAAACCUUUUUUUAUGUAAUAGAUAAUAUACCAGAAGAAGAAGUCGUACCGAAUGUAAGUAAAAUCUUCCACGCAUUGGCUAUAUUUUUCACGUAUCCACUGCAAAUUUAUCCGGUUGUAUCAAUAAUUUGGACUCACAGAAUGGCGGCUCUAUUCCCCCCAGAAGCGCAACCAAUCUUUGAAACUUCAUUCCGAGUCAUGAUAGUGGCUAUAACCAUGUUUGCUUCACUUACGAUACCACACUUUGAUAUAAUCAUCUCUUUGGUCUCUAGCGUAUGCUUAUGUGUGCUAGGCAUAUCGCUUCCUGGUAUAAUGGACAUGUGCUUAAGAUAUCCCAACAACUACGGUCCUUGCCAUAUCGCACAAGUGCGUGAUAUAUUUUUAAUAUGUUUUGGUGUAACAGCUUGCCUCGCUGGUAUUGUCAAUGCUGGCGUUUUAAUAUACUACAGAUAUACUGGUGAAGUUCGCGUCUAA